AUGCGUGCUGCGUCUCCAAAGGUUUCCUUGCUUGAUAUUCCCGACAUUAUGCGUGCUCAGAGUCUCAAGCCCCGGCUUCCACGUCCCAUCAGGGAUCCGCUUCCACAUCCCAAGUUCUUGUUUGAAGUUCCUGAGUGGAUCACUCGCGAGGAGCUUGAAGAUAUCAAGCUCGCAGCAAAGGCUGUGACGCAGAAUGGGAAGAAAUACGACCGUUUUGCCAACCUUACAAAGGGUGAUGAAUAUGAAGGAGCUUUCCAACGUCGUUUCGAGGCAAAGCAGAAGGAGUUGGAGAAGAAGGGAGUGGAGUUGACUAUUGUUGAUGUGGAUGAAUAUAUGUGCUUGCGUUUUCUUAAACCCCCUCAUCCAAUCUCUUAA